AUGUUAUUGGUGGCAACGAAUCAAGAUACAUUGAGAAGAAAAAUUCAAACAGAUAAUCGUGAUCUCCAUUUUCGGCUCAUUCAAGACGGAACAUGGAUCGGAUCUUACCUUAACUGCUUUGCAUCGUGUCUUGGAUGGGUGGAUGCUGGUGCAGAAGGUCAAGGUGCAACAAGUCUCGUACUUCUGGCAUUACUGCAUUUUCCAAAAGAAAAUCGUCUUAAUGUUGAAAAAUAUUUGACAAAAGGAUUCAUCAACAUGUUCAAACCUGAUCAAGUUAUUACAAUCCCACUUAAAGGCUUCGAAAUCUAA